AUGUCCCUCCUACCACCCGAGGUCCACGCACAGCUGUCACAGCUGCUGCGCGCCCUUGGGACCCCCGACAAUGCCGUGCGUUCGCAGGCUGAAGAUCAGCUGAACAAUGAAUGGGUCCAGAACAAGCCCGAUGUGCUCUUGAUGGGCCUGGCUGAGCAGAUCGGUGGUGCCGAAGACACAUUAACGCGUGCGUUCGCCGCCGUACUUUUCCGAAGAAUCGCAACCAAAACCCGCAAGGACCCCGCCACCGGAGAGGCCAAGGAGGUCUUCUUGACCCUGCCUAACGAGCAGCGCGUGGCCAUCCGCGAGAAGCUGGUGACCUGUCUCACCUCUGAGUCGAUCACCGAUGUGCGCAAGAAGAUUGGCGACGCAGUGGCAGAGGUCGCUCGCCAAUACACCGACAACGGCGACCAAUGGCCAGAGCUCCUCGCAAUCCUCUUCCAGGCCAGCCAGUCCCCCGAGUCUGGUCUGCGCGAGACUGCUUUCCGAGUCUUCACUACUACUCCCGGAGUUAUUGAGAAGCAGCAUGAGGAUGCUGUCCUGGGUGUCUUCACCAAGGGCUUCGAAGAUGAGAACAUUGCCGUGCGCAUCGCCGCUAUGGAAGCUUUCGCUGCCAUGUUCCGUUCCAUUCCCAAGAAGUCCCAGCAGAAGUUCUUCUCGCUCGUGCCGUACCUUCUCAACAUCCUUCCUCCCCUCAAGGAGUCUAGCGAGAGUGACGAGCUGUCUUCAGCAUUCCUUGCCCUCAUCGAGCUCGCGGAAAUCAGCCCGAAGAUGUUCAAGGGCUCGUUCAAUGACUUGGUUAAGUUCAGCAUCAGUGUCAUUGCGGACAAGGAGCUCAGCGACCAGGUUCGCCAGAACUCUCUGGAGUUGAUGGCCACCUUUGCCGACUAUGCACCUAACAUGUGCAGGAAAGAGACCGACUUUGCCCAGGAGAUGGUCACCCAGUGCCUCAGUCUUAUGACUGAUGUCGGUGCUGAUGACGAUGAUGCCGAGGAGUGGAAUGCCUCCGAGGACCUCGAGCCCGAGGAGAGCGAUCUCAACCACAUUGCUGGUGAGCAAUGUAUGGACCGUCUGGCCAACAAGUUGGGUGGCCAAGCCAUUCUUCAGCCCGCUUUCUCUUGGAUCCCCCGCAUGAUGUCUUCUACUGCCUGGCGCGAUCGCCACGCCGCUCUGAUGGCUAUCUCCGCCAUCUCCGAGGGCUGCCGUGAUCUGAUGGUUGGAGAGCUCGACCAGGUCCUUGCCCUGGUUGUUCCCGCUCUCACUGAUGCUCACUCCCGCGUGCGUUACGCCGGUUGCAAUGCUCUCGGUCAGAUGAGUACCGACUUCGCUGGGACCAUGCAGGAGAAGUACCACGCCAUUGUGCUGAAUAACAUCAUCCCCGUUCUGAGCAACAACGAACCCCGUGUGCAGUCCCACGCCGCCGCCGCUCUGGUCAACUUCUGCGAAGAGGCUGAGCGCAGCAUUCUCGAGCCCUACCUCGGCGACCUGCUGAGUCGCCUUCUGGACCUUCUGCGCAGCCCUAAGCGCUACCUGCAGGAGCAGGCUCUCUCUACCAUUGCUACCAUUGCCGAUUCCGCCGAGACCGCUUUCGGACAGUACUACGACACCCUGAUGCCGCUUUUGAUUAACGUCCUGAAGGAGGAGCAGGGUAAGGAGUACCGUCUGUUGCGUGCCAAGGCUAUGGAGUGCGCCACUCUGAUCGCCCUAGCUGUUGGCAAGGAGAAGAUGGGCCAGGAUGCCCUUAACCUUGUCCAGAUUCUGGGUAACAUCCAGCAGAACAUCACUGAUGCGGACGACCCUCAAUCGCAGUACCUUCUUCACUGCUGGGGCCGCAUGUGCCGUGUUCUAGGCCGUGACUUUGUGCCGUACUUGCCCGGUGUCAUGCCUCCUCUGCUGACUGUGGCUGCCGCUAAGGCUGACAUUCAGCUUCUAGACGAUGAGGACCAAAUUGAGCAAGUCGAGCAGGAUGAGGGCUGGGAGUUGGUUCCCCUCAAGGGCAAGGUCAUUGGUAUCAAGACCAGCGCUCUGGAGGACAAGAAUACCGCUAUUGAGUUGAUCACCAUCUACGCCCAGAUUCUUGAGGCUGCCUUUGAGCCUUACGUUUUGGAGACCAUGGAGAAGAUCGCCGUUCCUGGUCUUGCAUUCUUCUUCCAUGACCCCGUCCGCGUUUCUGCUGCUAAGUUGAUCCCGCAGCUGCUGAACUCUUACAAGAAGGCCCAUGGCGACCAGUCACCCGGCUUCGCCGAAAUGUGGAACAAGGUUGCCGAAAAGAUCAUUGAGGUGUUGAGUGCCGAGCCCACCGUGGACACUCUGGCCGAGAUGUACCAAUGCUUCUACGAGUCCGUCGAGGUUGUCGGCCGCAACAGCCUCACCCCCCAGCACAUGCAAGCCUUUAUCGACUCGGCUAAGUCAACCCUGGAGGACUACCAAAUGCGUGUGAAGCAGCGGUUGGAGGAGCAGGCCGAGUUGGAGGAGGGCGAUGAGGAGAACCUCGAUUACGAAUACGCCGUGGAGGAUGACCAGAACUUGCUCAGCGACAUGAACAAGGCCUUCCACACUAUCUUCAAGAACCAGGGUACUUCAUUCCUGCCCGCCUGGGAGCAGUUGAUCCAGUUCUACGACAACUUUAUCACAAGCCAGGACCCUACCCAGCGUCAGUGGGCUUUGUGCAUCAUGGAUGAUGUCCUUGAGUUCUGCGGUGAACAGUCAUGGACCUACAAGGACCACAUCAUGCAGCCUCUGGCUGCCGGUCUCCAGGACCAGAAUGCCGCCAACCGUCAGGCCGCUGCCUACGGUGUCGGUGUGGCCGCGCAGAAGGGCGGUGCCGCAUGGAGCGACUUUGUUGCUGCCAGCAUCCCCAGCCUGUUCCAGGUCACCCAAAUCCCCCAGUCCCGCAGCGAGGAGCAUGUCUUUGCUACCGAGAACGCCUCUGCCAGUAUCGCUAAAAUCCUGCACUACAACCCUUCCAAGGUCGAGAACGCCCAGGAAAUCGUUGCUACCUGGAUCGAGACUCUCCCCAUCACCUACGAUGAGGAGGCCGCUCCUUACGCCUACUCCUUUAUUGCACAGCUGAUCGACCAACAAAACCCCGUCAUCUUCGGCAAGGCUGACCGUGUCUUUGGUUUCAUUGUUCAGGCCCUUGAGGCUGGGACUUUGCAAGGACAAACCGCCGUGCGGAUCGCCGAGUCAGCUAAGCGGUUGGUGGCAGCCACCGGCCUGAACGGAGAGCAGAUCCUGGCCGGCGUCAGCCCAGAUAGUCAGGAGCGAGUGCGCAAGUUCUUCCAGUAG